AUGGCAUUGAAGGAAACGGAGAUCGCUCGCGAUAUGGGCUCUGAUGUUCCCUAUGCUUCCGAGAAAGAGCCAGAGACCGCCCACAUACCAAAAGAUACGGCUGAUGGCCAUGGCAACUCGGACCAGGAGUCUCUUGACCAAGAGGCUCAGGCUGGUGUGAAGGGAGUUCAGGCCGCAGCGGCCGUUUGGACCAAGUCUCAUAUGAUUCUGGCAUAUGUGAUCAUUUGGUUUAUCUAUUUUGUGACCUCCAUUCAGGAGGUCGUCAUCCGUUCUCUGAACCCUUACGUGACCAGUGCCUUCAUGCUCCAUUCUUUGACCGCGGCCACGAGUAUCAUGGCCAAUAUCAUUGGAGGCCUGAGUAAAAUUCCCUUGGCAAAGAUUUUGGACUCUUGGGGUCGACCUCAGGGUAUGACUUUGAUGCUGAUCAUUUGGGUUGUGGGAUUCGUCAUGAUGGCGGCCUGCGACAACGUUCAAACAUACGCAGCUGCACAGGUUUUCUCAUCUGUGGGAUCUCAAGGAGUCAGCUAUUGUUUGACGGUUUUCAUUUCAGACACCUCUGCAUUGAAAAAUCGAGCCCUCAUGUUGUCGUUUGCAACUUCGCCGUACAUAAUCACCACCUGGAUUGGAGGGCCAAUUUCCCAGAGUGUUCUCGAAGGUCCCGGCUGGCGAUGGGGAUUUGGAAUAUUCACCAUCGUCGUUCCGAUUGUGGUGGCUCCUCUGUGUCUUCUGUUCUUCUGGAAUCAGCAAAAAGCCAAGAAGAUGGUCUAUGGUCAAUGGCGCUCGGCAAUGAUCAUUUGCAUGAUCAUUUUUGGAGGGCUUUUGCUCAUCGCAUUCGCUCUCUACGAGCGAUUUUGGGCCCCAGUGACCUUCGUCCCAUUCAAUCUAUUGAUGGACCGAACCGUCUUCUUCGGCGGGUUGAUGUUCAUCUUCGAGUUCUUCAACUCAAUGGUCUGGGGGAGUUACUUCUCAUCAAUGCUCCAGGUAGUUUGGGGGCUGGAUGUCACAGAAGCCAGCUAUAUCUCAGCCAUUUAUAGAGUCGGAUCCUGUCUCUUUUGUCUCCUCGUCGGCUUCCUGAUCCGCUGGACUGGUCGCUUCAAAUGGCUGGCCGUUUACUUCUCCUUCCCGCUUAUGAUCCUGGGCGUUGGUCUGAUGAUACAAUUCCGUCAACCUGAUGCGGGUAUUGGGUAUAUUUGCAUGACUCAAAUCUUUGUUGCCUUUGCUGGUGGAACCACUGUUAUAUGCGGUGAGCUUGCUAUGAUGGCGCCUUCGGAUCACCAGCACAUCGCUGUUAUACUUGCUAUGCUCAAUUUGUUCGGUAGUAUUGGCAGUGCGAUUGGAUCAACCGUGUCUGCCGCUAUCUGGACCAGUGAGUUCCCGAAGGCGCUGGCCAAAUAUGUACCGGCGGAGGUGAGUGUCACUAAAGUUUAUUCGGAUAUCACGGCCCAGCUGUCGUAUGAGUGGGGAAGCCCUGCUCGGAAUGCCAUUGCUCACGCCUACGGAGAUGCGCAGAGAUAUAUGCUAAUUACCAGUGUUUGUAUGCUGGUAGUUGCUUGGGGAUGUGCUGCUAUGUGGAGGGAUAUCAAGAUAAAGGAUCUCAAGCAGGUCAAGGGGCGCGUGAUCUAA